AUGAGCGCUCCAGCUCCAGAAACUCCGAAAUCGUUACCAAGGCAAGCCAGGUCCCGAGGAGGGUGCGUGAGAUGUCGCCGCCGACGGCAAAAGUGUGACGAGAGCAAGCCCUCUUGCGAUAGAUGCGUCGAGGCUGGAAGCAUCUGCAAAUACGAGGUCACGCUGAGUUGGGGCGGAAGAUCAUUCGCCAAGUCCACCUUUGGAAAGUGUCUCCAUGAUAUCAAAAGAACGGACAACACCACGACAGGCAAUGGCUUUGUCUACAGCACGACCCAUGCUCAGUCGCCUAAGCCCAGCGCAUCGCGGAGGACCACAGCGACGCGGCCAGAUGUCAACCAUGGAAGAACACUCCAGCACUUGAAAGAAAGCCAUGUGCCGGAAUACCCACCGAAUACACAGGAUGGGAAUGUCACCACCACAAAUGCCUCAUCGAUGCUGAGAAGCGAUUGCAUUCCUCAGGUUUCUUUGGGGGUCGAGUCACCAGAUAGUCCGACUAGCCCGCUGCACAACUUACAGGCAUCUAUUCCGCGACCGCAACAUCAGAUAUCAUUUCUUCCUCCCAUGGCUCAAUACCUAUUCCAAUUCUACCUCUCCGAAACGAUGAGACUUACAGUCCCCAGCAGCUAUGCUAAAAAAGAGAUUUGCCGAUUCCUCGUCCCGAUGUCGCUCCAGGAGCCCAGCUUACUCUACGCCGUAAUGGCGUUCGCCGCUGUUCAUCUCCAUGCCAUUGGUAAGCUGCCCGGAAACUCCCCACGACUUAUCGAUAGCCUCCAUUGGGCGAGCAUAAACCAUCUUCGAAGAUUGCUAGAAGCUACCGACUCUAUGUCACAAACUGUGGCGUUGGCUACCACCAGAACACUAUGUCAGGCACAGAUCUACGGUGGAACGUCAUUAUGGCGCAUCCACCUUGAUGGUGCACGUGCUAUCAUUCAGACAGCUCAAAAAGGCAAACAAGUGAUGGGCAGGUCUCAGUUGCCUAUAAACACAGGGUUUCUGGAUAGUUGGUUCCAUAAUGCGGAAGGACUAGCUUCCUUGAGCCCAGCCGGUCUGCUCGGCGGUCAGCUUCUUGUCCACGGCCAGACUGACUCUGGGGCGUUUCUAGAUAUCUACGGUGGUGUCAUGUCUGAUCUUCCUGCAUUAUUUAAAGAAGUCGGAACUCUCUUGGGAAAGAAACACACACGCACCCCUGAGCUCGAACUCGAAACGGAUAAUCUUGUUCUACAGAUCCUUACAAGGAUUUCUCGUGACAAAGUCGAAAAUAUGAUCAUCGCACCAGAUAUGCUCUCGUUUCUCUCAGCGAACGAUAUCCAAAACUACGCACUCAGCAACGCGGGGUUUCUCUAUAUGGCACUACUACACUUACACUGCGGUAUGAGAUCUUUGCCGCCUUUCGCCAUAGAAGUCCGCUUUUGCGUUGCUCAAAUCAUUCAAUGCGCUCAUAGAAUGUCUCGCGAGUCCGGAUUGUCGCCGAGAGUACUGUUAGUCUCACCUUUGUUCACCGCUGGACUUUAUGCUAUUGGGGCUGCGCGAGAUGAGAUCAGACUCGAGUUGGCAGACAUUGGGAGAUGGAUGAAGACUCCUCAUCUUUUCAAGACAUUAGAGCUAUUGGAAAGAGUUUGGGUUCAGCACCCCGAUGACUCAACGCGCACUUGGGAGACGAUUGAAGAUAUCAGCGUCGACUUUCUUCCUUACUAG